AUGGGCAGGCUAGGAGUUGAACCAGCAAAUGCAGAAGACCCGUCCAUGGUUUUGUUUCCUAAUGGAACAACUAAGGCCGAGCUUGCCAACAUCUUGAACAGAAACAAAGGAGCUAUUACCCUUUUUGGUGCUGCAGCUGUGCUGAGGAUUGGUUCAGGUAUUGGACCAAUGAACAUUGGGGAGAGUGAAGCGUUCUACAUUUUCCGUGUCUCUCUGCCUGGAGUAUCUGCAAAUGAUAGGAGCUUCAGUUGUGUUGUAGAUCCAACUGGGAUGGUGGAGAUACAAGGGGUGAGCACUGCUUGGGAACAGGUUGUUGAAAGACCCUCCUAAAAUCUUUUUCAUGGAGACUCGAAACCUCUGGCCCGCCUGGACCCUUAACACCAUGUUCUGGCUUCCUGCUCCAGUUUUCCCUGACCAGCUCAGAAACUCUUUCGUCGAUGGUAUGUUCGAGGGAACUGUGAGGAAAAUGUCCUGAUAACUAAGUUUAGCUCCCCAUAGGAAUUGGAUAUGUGCUGUUUUCCUUUCGCCGAACAGUGAACUCAGAAACUGCUGGAUGGUCCUUUUUAUUAGUAGGCUGGAACAUACAGUUGGCCAGUCUCAUCUUCAUUUUUUGCUAGUACAUUUCCUUCAAUCUCCAGGGUUGAUUCUUGUUAACUUUCCCCUGAAAUUUGUGGCCGUCCAAUUGAUUUUUUCAGAUUUUAAAUACGUUCCUUUACCGGGG